AUGUACGUUGAACUACCCUUUGAUGAAUUAAAAGUGGGUACUUCGAAACGACGGGUAGCUUACUUUUACGAUCAGGAUGUUGGUAAUUACUUCUAUGGUACUGGACAUUGUAUGAAACCACACCGAAUAAGAAUGACGCAUUCAUUGAUUAUGAAUUACGAACUAUACAAGAAGAUGGAGAUUUAUCGAGCUGAGCCAGCUACAAAUUUGGAGCUCACCCAGUUCCAUAGCGACGAGUAUAUCGAUUUUAUUGAUCGUGUUACGCCAGACAAUCUACACUUGUUUCCUCGAGAAGCACAGAUAUUCAAUGUUGGAGAGGAUUGUCCAGUGUUUGAUGGGUUGAACGAAUUUUGUAAGAUAUCGUGCGGUGGUUCAAUGGAAGGCGCUGCAAGAUUAAACAAUGGCGACGCCGAUGUGGCAAUAAAUUAUGCUGGUGGUUUGCAUCAUGCUAAAAAGUCGGAAGCUUCGGGGUUUUGCUACACAAAUGAUAUUGUUCUAGCGAUUAUCGAAUUGCUUCGUAAGCAUCCAAGAGUAUUGUACAUCGAUACUGAUGUUCACCAUGGUGAUGGUGUUGAGGAAGCUUUCUACACAAAUGACCGAGUGAUGACUUGUUCGUUCCAUAAAUUUGGUGAGUUUUUCCCCGGUACCGGUAAUGUAGGUGAUAUUGGUAUAGGUAAAGGGAAGUACUAUUCAGUUAAUGUACCCUUGAGAGAUGGAAUUGAUGAUGCAUCUUAUAAAUCAAUAUUUGAGCCCAUAAUACUGAAGAUUGUUGAGUGGUACCAGCCAUCAGCUAUUGUUUUGCAGUGUGGAGGUGACUCAUUGAGCGGAGACAGGUUGGGUCCUUUCAACUUGUCAAUGAGAGGACACGCAAAUUGUGUCAAUUUUGUGCGUUCUUUGGGGCUUCCAAUGAUGGUACUUGGUGGAGGUGGGUAUACUAUAAGAAAUGUAGCUCGAACAUGGGCAUUUGAGACUGGUAUUUGCAAUGGUGUGCUUUUGCCGAAGGAACUACCAUACAAUGGCUAUUAUGAGUAUUACGCGCCCACGUUUGAACUCGAUGUUCGAUCAUCGAAUAUGAAUAAUGCAAACUCAAAAGAGUACUUGGAUAAGAUACUUACUCAAAUUGUAACCAAUCUCGAUCAUACGAAGCAUGCACCUUCGGUGCAAAUGCAAGAUGUCCCCAUGGACAAGGAAGAUCUUGGUGAUGUGUAUGAAGACGCGGCAAAAGCGAUUGACACAAAAGGAGGAUCACAAAUGCAAAGAGAUAAAACAAUUGAAAAUGGAAAUGAAUUCUACAGCGAUGAGCUGAAGGAUGUCGAGGAACGCAACAUUGCUGUGCAUGAUACGUCUUUGGCGUCACACAAUGCAACGUCGAAUCAGAAUAAUCAAGCUGGCAAUUCUGGUGCUAUGAAUGGUGCCACGGACAAUACCACUGACGUUCAAGAAGUUGCAGCUGCAGAAUCCCGUAAAGACAAUGAACAUGCAGCUAUAUUGUUUGAAGAAGAAAAAGCGGAAAUAGACGAAUUGAAUAGGGUCCAUGAUCAGCAAGAUCAGGAGAUGGCAGACUAA